CCACCACCCACCUUCACUGUCACCAUAAAUAGCACAAAGGUUCACAUCCCAUACCCUUGGCCGUGGCUAUUGAUUUUGUUGUUGCACGUGAUGCCAAGACAAAUACUCAAUACAUAUGUAAGCGCACAAGCCCUCAUUUCAUUGGAACCUUAUAUUAUGCGCGGCGGCAAUAAACGUGUACAAUAUACUUUAUCUAGCUGUAGACGAUAUAUACCAAAGAAUUUAUAAAGUUGCUAGUUGCUCUGGCUAGUGAUAAACAUUAGUUAAGUUCUUUUUGCACCGUUGUGAAAUUAUGCUUGGCGCGUUCGUUCAGCUGCCGCUCAAGGCGGCGGCGAUGACGUCACAAAAACAAAAACUGAAUAAUGAAUUGCUAAGCAUCGGCCGAUUCGCGCUUAUGAUUAGUCACAAUAGCAGAAGCGCGAGCACAGCAUUAACCCAACAGCUGUGUCGCAACCAGCAACAACAACAAACACACCAACAACAACAACAACGAAGACAUCUACAGGAACUGCUUCGCCGUCCCGCUUGGGAUCAAAGUAGCAAAUCGACUUUGCGCGGAAUACACACGGAUCCAGCGUCAGUCACCAUGUUCUACUCCAUGUACGCGUAUCUGUCGCACUUGCCGCGCCUGCACGCCCUGGGCAUGGCCAUAUUUGCCUAUGUCAUCUACUACCUCAUUCAGGUGGUAAAGCGGCCGAUCAUCGCCUGCGCGGAUGGCCCGUUCAAGCAAUAUCUGAUCAAGACGAUGCCCACGCUGGAGAACAAGUAUUGGCCAACCUUCUGGUGCGUGGAGAGCCGUGCUCAGACGGUACUUGCGAGCCUGCUGCGCUCCAAGAGUCUGCCCCGCGUCAAUUAUCGCCGCGAAAUACUCAGCCUGAAGGAUGGCGGCGAGGUGGCACUGGACUGGAUGGAGGAGGGCUGCGAUGAGCGUGCUCCGUGUGUGCUUAUAUUGCCUGGUCUGACUGGCGAAUCGCAGGCGGAGUACAUUAAGUGUCUGGUCUUUGCCGCCCAGCAGGCGGGCAUGCGUGUGGUUGUCUUUAAUAAUCGAGGCCUUGGCGGCAUUGAGCUGAAAACGCCUCGGCUCUAUUGUGCCGCCAACUGUGAAGAUUUGUGCGAGGUGGUGAAACAUGUGCGCCGCACGCUGCCCGCCCACUGCAAACUGGGCGCCACGGGCAUAUCCAUGGGUGGCCUGAUACUGGGCAACUAUUUGGCAAGGAAGAGCGAUGAGGCGCGUGAUCACCUGUCGGCGGCCAAGAUUAUAUCUGUGCCUUGGGAUGUGCACAAGGGCAGCGCGAGCAUCGAGAAGCCUGUCAUCAACAAUCUGCUAGGACGUCAUCUGGCCGGCAGCCUGUGCCGCACGCUGCGCAAUCAUUUGGAGGUCUACAGGGAUAUCUAUCAGGAUUCCGAAAUUGACAUACAGCGCAUACUGCGUUGCAAGACCAUCAAGGAGUUCGACGAGCUGUUUACGGCCAAGCAGUUUGGCUAUGCCCAUGUGAAUGAUUAUUAUACGGAUGCCACGCUGCACAAUAAAUUGGAUCACAUUAGUGUGCCGUUGCUUUGUCUGAGCGCAGCGGAUGAUCCAUUUCAGCCACUGGACGCCAUACCCAUUAAGGCGGCCAAUCAGUGUACACAUGUGGCAAUUGUAAUUACCGCACGUGGCGGCCACAUUGGUUUCCUCGAGGGCUGGUGGCCAUCGACCAAGGAUCAGUAUAUGUGUCGCAUAUUUACCGAGUAUUUUAGCAAGGCGCUCUACGACGAGGACGGUGAAUUUGAGCGUGCCUCGGAUAAAAUGCAUGAACGUUUUCUGGCCAAGCAAACCGUGGAGCUAACCGCCCGUCUCAAUGUGCCCCGAGGUGUGCUGCUGCUCGAGAAGCCUGCGGCGGAGCAGCUGGAGUCGCACAAGUUAAAGCUAAUGUAGAUGAGUUCUAGCUAAAACUGGGCA